AUGUCGGAGGAGGAGGAAUUCUACCUCUUCGCCAACGGCACGGCGCCGGGGCCGUGGGACGGGCCCCAGUACCACAUCGCGCCCCCCUGGGCCUUCUACCUGCAGACGGCCUUCAUGGGCUUCGUCUUCGCCGUGGGCACGCCGCUCAACACGGUGGUGCUGCUGGUCACCGUGCGCUACAAGAAGCUGCGGCAGCCGCUCAACUACAUCCUGGUCAACAUCUCCUUCAGCGGCUUCGUCUCCUGCAUCUUCAGCGUCUUCGUCGUCUUCGUGGCCAGCUGGCAGGGCUACUUCGUCUUCGGGAAGCACGUCUGCGCCCUCGAGGCCUUCGUGGGCACCACCGGAGGGCUGGUGACGGGCUGGUCCCUGGCCUUCCUGGCCUUCGAGCGCUACAUCGUCAUCUGCAAGCCCUUCGGCAACUUCCGCUUCAGCUCCAAGCACGCCCUGAUGGUGGUGGCGGCCACCUGGGCCAUCGGCGUCAGCGUCGGCUUGCCGCCUUUCUUCGGGUGGAGCAGGUACCUGCCCGAGGGCCUGCAGUGCUCGUGCGGCCCCGACUGGUACACGGUGGGCACCAAGUACCGCAGCGAGUACUACACCUGGUUCCUCUUCAUCUUCUGCUUCGUCGUGCCCCUGUCCCUCAUCAUCUUCUCCUACUCACAGCUGCUGAGCGCCCUGCGGGCCGUGAGUGGGGGCGGCACGGGUGGGGAGGGGGUGGGGGGGAUGGGAUGGGG